UCCUUUCUUCUUCAGUCAGAUGUCUAAACCCUAAAACCCUAGUUUCUGUCAAAGAGAAAGAAGAGCGGAGGCGCAGAGAAAGCCAUGGCGGACAACAAGGCUGUGACGAUUCGUACCAGGAAGUUCAUGACCAACCGUCUUCUCUCCAGGAAGCAAUUCGUUAUCGAUGUUCUUCAUCCAGGAAGACCCAAUGUUUCCAAGACUGAGCUAAAGGAGAAACUGGCAAGGAUGUACGAAGUGAAGGAUACAAACUCUAUCUUUGUGUUCAAGUUCCGCACCCAUUUUGGAGGGGGAAAGUCCACUGGUUUUGGCUUGAUUUAUGAUUCUGUAGAGAAUGCAAAGAAGUUUGAGCCUAAGUACCGGCUAAUCAGGAAUGGGCUGGACACUAAGGUGGAAAAGUCAAGGAAGCAACUGAAAGAAAGGAAGAACAGAGCUAAGAAGAUUCGCGGAGUAAAGAAGACCAAGGCUGGUGACGCCGCCAAGAAGAAAUGAGCUUUUGUAUCAUGUUUUUGGGUUGCAUUCAAGGGCAGCGGGUUUCUGUCUCAUCAGCCUCUCUGCGUUGCCCCCAAUUAUUACUCAUUGUCCUGUUUCUUUUUUUGUUAGUGAGCAUAAAAUUUUGCGAUCAAAGAAUACAUGUGAUGUUUUAGUUGCGGAAUCUAAUAUAUGUUUUAACUAUUUGACUUUAGGCUGUUGUGUGAUUCGACUUAUGAAUGUUGAUGAUAUAUGAUGACUGAGCAGAUGAGUACCACAUUUUGUUGGAUUAUAA